GUCUAAAAUGUUGCUUAUCAAAAACUUUGAAGAAAACAGGAAUACAGGUUGAACCACUAUUUUUAAGUAACACUUUAACAGGAACAGCAACACGUCUAUAUGCUGCAGAAGCAAAAGUUCAGUUUGAGAGGAAGAAGCCACAUGUUAAUAUUGGAACCAUUGGGCAUGUUGACCAUGGCAAGACUACGCUCACAGCAGCAAUUACAAAGGUCUUAUCCGAAGAGGGAGUUACAAAAUUUCACAAGUAUGAUGACAUUGAUAAAGCACCAGAAGAAAGGAAACGUGGAAUUACAAUUAAUGCUGCACAUGUGGAAUAUGAGACCACAAAUAGACAUUAUGCUCAUACAGACUGUCCAGGACAUGCAGAUUAUAUUAAGAAUAUGAUCACUGGUGCAGCUCAGAUGGAAGGAGCCAUUUUAGUUGUUGCUGCUACGGAUGGACAAAUGCCACAGACAAGGGAACACUUGCUUCUUUCUAAACAGAUUGGUGUGGAUAAGAUAGUUGUCUUCAUAAACAAAGCCGAUGCUGUGGAUGAGGAGAUGCUGGAGCUUGUGGAACUUGAAAUGCGUGAUGUGUUGAAUGAAUAUGGAUAUGAUGGCGAAAACACACCAAUCAUAAGCGGUUCUGCAUUGUCAACACUUGAGGAUAAAAAUGAGGAAAUUGGUAGGAAUUCUAUCUUGAAGCUGUUGGACACUGUUGAUGAAUGGAUUCCUUUACCGCUCCGUGAUGUGGAAAAGCCAUUCAUGAUGCCAGUAGAGAUGGUGUAUUCAAUUCCAGGUCGUGGGACUGUUGUAACAGGAAGAGUUGAACAUGGAGUUGUCAAUAAAGGGGAUGAAGUUGAAUUUGUUGGGCACAAUGCCAAGAUCAAAUCUGUUAUUACUGGCAUUGAAAUGUUUCACAAGAUUUUAGACCAGGGGCAAGCUGGUGAUCAGCUAGGAGUUUUGGUGCGAGGAGUAAAGCGAGAUGAAGUAAGGAGAGGAAUGGUUGUUAGCAAACCUGGCAUUCUUAACCCAAAUAAUCAUUGUGAAGCACAGGUUUAUUUAUUGAAACCUGAAGAAGGUGGCAGACAUAAGCCGUUUAUGACCAAUUUCUCACCUGUGAUGUUCUCUCAUACAUGGGACUGUUCUGCAAGGAUUGUGCUACCUGAUAAUAAAGAAAUGGUGAUGCCAGGAGAAGAUACAAACAUCAUUCUACAACUGAAGAAACCUAUGGUGACUCAGAUAGGACAGCGCUUUACUCUUCGUGAUGGACGCAUCACUCUUGGCACAGGAGUCAUCACAAAAGUUCUACCAAACAUUGAUGUUGAAAUCUAGGUUUUAAUUUCUUGGAUGUGUUCUCAAAGCUGUAAACAAGAACUAAUAAUAUAUUGUGAUGAGGAUUUGCCAGAAGUAUUUCAUGGUUUUAAAACAAUUUAGCUGUGUAGAUCAAUGAGCAGGAAGAAUUAUUAUUAUUCAUUCUAUUAGAGGUCACCCUCCAAUUAAAGACCACUUUUGGAACCGGGGUUUCCAUGGUCUUUAGCAGUUUUUAAGGAAUCUGGUAGCAUGGCAGCACUUCGCUACGUGAAUGCUGUGCUUAAUGACUAUAUUAUUAUUAAUAGCAACUGAAUGGAUUUUGUACGGAAAUUGACCAGCAUGACAGCUUUGUACUACACUGUUUAUGCAAUUAAAUUACUGUCAAUUUCUUGAGCUUUCAUGGGCUAUAAUAGUAAACCACAAGAUAGUAACUUUUUUAAUUUACAGUAUUAUUAUCUAUAUUAAUAAUACUCAAAGAAAAUAACAAAAAAAAUAUGUACAUUAUAUGAAUAUGUGUUCCCACAAAGCCACACACAGUACAAUUUAUGGUAAUCUAGAAAAAUGCAUAUACUGUAGUACAAUAUAAGCUAAUCACCAGUUGAAUCACCAGUUGAUACUACACACCAUGUAAGCAAUGUCUCUCAUUUCUGGUGCUUGUUUAUUAUUAUUAUUAUAAAGGUAGAAAAACUCAGUUUUGAAAUAAAAGAAAAUGAAAGGUAA